GCUGAUUUCUGUUUUCAAUGAAACGAACUGUCACUAUUUUCCUUGAGUGAAUUGACGUUGGUUUUGUUUGUACUACUAGAUAAAAACAAACCACUUUGCAAAUUCGAAAUCGAUUUUUUUCAGUUCAACGAAUCUUGAUCGAAAUCUGAAAAUCAACAUUCGUAUAAGAAACGAUACUAAUAAUAUAAAUCGCGAAAAAUGACGUCAAGUAACAUAUCAUUUUGAAAUCUCACAAACUCAAGAAAUGGCGCAGUUGUGAAUUCGAAAUAAUAUUGUGAUUCUUAACAGUUAAAACUUAAAGAAAAUGUCAUCCGAUACAACAAAGUACCAAGUACCGAAGACUGUCAAGGAGGAUCCUCAUGUUGUCAAUCCCCAAGUUGUUACUGAUCCUUCCCUUUUGGACAGAGCUGCUGGUUUUAUCAGUGACGUUGUCCCAUCUUCUCACACAAAUGUUGGGGAUCAAAUACAAUGGGUACGAUUUGAACAAGCUGAAUUUGAAGAACUCUGCUACUUUCCUGAGAGCGAACAUUUAUCUCCACCAAUUUUUUUAGUGGUAGGGUACACUAAAGGUGCUCAGGUAUGGUGUAUUUCUGCAACUGGAGAAGCAACUGAAAUAAUGUCCUGGAGACAUCUGAACAUUAAAACAUUGCGCAUUCUACCAUCACCCUAUAUAGUGGAUGAAAAUAUUGUUGAUUUGUUUAUGGAUAAAAGACCUUUAAUAGCUCUUUGUGACAAUGGUACUCCUGCCGCCAUGCACUCAACCCUAAGUUUCGUUUCCCUGAAAACUGGCGAACAGGUGUACCAUAUCAAGUUCAGAAACCAAGUGAUCGACCUGCACUGCAAUAAAACUUCUGUGGUCGUUACAUUCGCUGAGAAGAUAACAGUUUUAGAUUCAUUUAGCUUGAAAGAAAGAUGUUCAGUAACAACAUGUUAUUUGAGUAGUGGGAUUAAUUGUAAUCCCAUUGCACUAGGAGCUCGCUGGCUUGCAUUUGCCGAUAAGACUCUUGUGCCAUCUAGAAAAAGUUGUGGGGGAUGUGAGAACGAAGGCGUUCAGAGCUACAAAGCUACAGUAAUACAGUGCGCUAAAACUUUAACACAAGGUUUCAAGGAUCUUAGCGAAAGUGUAGCCAACAGCUUCACAGGGAACUCAAAUUUCAAACCGAGCGUAGUUGGUCCUGGAAGCCCUCAGUCUGGAGGUCCUAAUGAUUGUUAUGAUAAAGGAACCGUUACUAUUUUAAAUUUAGAGUGUCAUAAGCUUGAAGGGAACGAAGGUGCGAUUCCAGCUGACGCUGUAGUGGCCCACUUCAUGGCUCACAGCGAUGUCAUAGUUCAGCUUGAAUUCGACAGGAGCGGGAUGUUGUUACUCACCGCCGAUUGCAAAGGAUACGAUUUCCACGUUUUCCGCAUCCAUCCGCACCCUUUGGGUUCUCAGAUGGGCUCCGUACACCAUCUCUACACUUUGCAUCGCGGCGACACAGAGGCAACGAUUCAGUCGAUGUCUUUCUCAUCGGACUCUAGAUGGGUGGCAGUAUCUUCUGCGAGGGGUACAACCCACGUGUUUCCUAUCACUCCCUACGGCGGUAAUAUAAACUAUAGGACGCACACCAAGAAGCGCGUGGUGAACAAACUUUCAAGGUAUCAUAGAUCUGCUGGUCUUUCAAAUGAAGAACGACCGAGGAGCCCGAUACUUGGUACAGAAAGCCUAGGAGCGAAGGUUUAUCCAUAUGCAAAUCCAAGACACCCACCGUUUCCUAAUCCCACCGUUAUAAAUCCUUUGGCUCAGCUUAGACUAUCAACGGCAAGCCAAACGGCUGGAGCGGGUUUGCCUUCGAGAAGCACAAUCACUCGACAGCGAUCGUCUUCAUCUUCAGAUGAGCUGGUGUACACUAAAGUGGUCACAUGCUUCGCUGCAUCAAGAGCACAUUCGACUAUGCCUAUGCCAACAGACGAAAACGAGCAUAAAUUCAUAGAACACCUGUUCCAAAUGAAUUCAAACGGUAUAUUGUUCCAAUACGACUUGGAACCUAUCCCGGUAUCUAAUGGGGCGCCAGAUUUGGUAUGUGACGACACUCCCAUUCAACUCAAGGCUACUCCUAGGUCUCAAUGGGUGCUACAAAGGAGGCAGAAUGCUGAAGAUGUUCAACUACCGUUGGCAGAGGAAUAUCUCCGGUAUUUUGUUCCUAGUGACGCUUUCAAGAGAUCGUUUUCUUCGCAAAAUGACAGCCACUGGCUGUCCCAGGUCGAAAUACUCACGCAUGCCGGGCCGCAUAGGAGGCUUUGGAUGGGUCCUCAGUUUGUUUUCAAAACUUACACCACAGCAUCAAGGGUACCGGCUACUUUAAGCAAUAUUCAGCAGAUUGAUAUUGCUCGUUCUAAACCAGUGAACAUGCCAGUGACUCAAAACGCUGUUCUUAUUGAAUGCGGAUCAGCUAAUAGUAGAGAACUGUCACCUCCUGUAAACACAUAUCACGCCAAAACGGACGCCCUUGGAGGCUCAGAAGAAACGCGCCUUCAGGAAGAUCUUGCUGAUGCCAUGCUUGAAUCUUCAGACAGCAGAGAAGCAGGUGGGCAUCGCGUAAUAGUUUCCAUGAAAUCCCAGGCGACUCCGGUUGCUAAAGUAGUGAACCCUCUGGGAACGGUGGUGACAAUCCACUCUGACGCAGAAACGGAACAGGAAGAAUUCGAAGAACCUGUUAUACACGAAAACUGCGACGAAGCUUUAUUCCGACCCAUAUUGAUUUCAAAACCGGUAGUGCAUACUGAUGGAAAACCGCACACCAAUCCCAUCGACACAAUGCUUGUUAGAAGUUUGGACGGUGGCACGGAAGUUGCAGUGAAGUUGCUGAACAAAUCGAAAAAUAUACCUUCGAAAAUUCCUUCGACCAACAAGAAACCAAAGCAUAUCAAUGAAAAAACGAUUAACAGUUCUACAAAACAAAAAACUAGCAAUAGGAAUAUAAACGCGAACGAGAAGAAUGAAGUCAAAAAAGACAAUGAACAAAUAAGUGAGAAGAAGGAGAUGGUCAGCACACCUUUCGACAUAUCAAAUCGGUCUGAUUCAAUCUCAAUGGACGAAAACAAAUAUUCAAGUAUUCCACCAGAUGACAUCGACUGCGGAUUAGUAUUCGACGACAACAAGGAUUUCAAAAACGAUUACGACUUCCCAUACUUCGAUAACAAGAACGAAGACAAAGAGGCCAAAACUGACAUGUUUGAGGACGCCACAGAUUGUUACGACGAUCUUUACAUCAACAUGAAGAAAGAAAUAGCCGAAAAGAACGAAGAAAAUUUGACGGAAGAUAAAAUUACCACUGCGAAACCUAGGAAACCUAAGGCAAAAUUAGGAGUACGCAUUCCGAACAAAAACUUCCCCAUCAAAAACGAUGAAGAAGUCGAGAGCGUGAUUCCAAAAAGGUCUUGGAGCUCAGUGGCCGCUACCAAACCUAAGGACAAAGUUGUAGAUAUUUCAGAAAAAGAAAAUUGUGAUCUUUUGGAUCUGUCGGAUGAGAAAGGUAUGAAGAAAUCUUUUAAUUCCAGUAUAAAAAACGUCAAGUUGAUACACAUUGAAACGCCUGCAGACGAAGAUACAGCCAUAGAGAUCAUAGAGCCGGCAUUACCGGAGUAUAGAAAAAAUAACCGGUAUUCUAAUGUGCUGGAUAAAUCUUCAGACGAAGAGAAAUUGGUCGAUUUAUCAGGGGAAACUACCGAAAGCGAUGAUUCGGGAAAAUUACCGGAAAAUACUACUAUUGCGGACGAAAUAAUAUCACAGAAUAUCGUUCCGACUGUGACAAAAGCCUCCAAAAAAAAGAUCAAAAAGAAGCGCAAAUAGAAUUGUUUGUAACGAAGAUAUUUACGUAUUAAUAUUAUAUCUUAGGAACGUUGUGUAGAGAAUUCUGUGAAAAAAAAAAUAAAAAAAAACAAAUAAAAAACGAACGAUUGUCAAACGAAAAGGUACAGACAUUAUUAAGAUUCAAGAGCACUUGGAAAAAAAUAAUUUGGCUGAAAUUGCAUUUGAUUAAGGGAUUCUAGAAUAUUCAUAAUCUGUCCUGGGAAAAUAUGAAAAUAAACUGCAGAAAUGUUAUGCGAAUCUAAACUUUAACGUUUCCUGAAAGUUUCCCAAAAGAAAGUUUUCUCUUUCAUUCUUUCAAAACUCUGGUAGUCUGACUUAUCCUGUUUAUACGCAAGGAUAAUAUAGUCUUUGCUUACUUUAACGCAGUUGGCUUGACCCCUCUGUGAGUCGGUGCAGUAAAUCAAUACUUUAUAUAAAACGACUGAAAAACGGUACGAUUACUCACUUGAGUAACAUUUUUUGUUCUGCGCUGACUACGAAUGGCAUCUCCGAUCCCUGUUUCACCUCUUCGCCUAAAAGAACAAUACGGUAUACGUUGGCCAUAGCCUAAUAAAAUGAAAAUUUACUAGGCUAUGCGUUGGAUUAUUAGAGCUUUGAUAUGCAUUCUGCCCAUUUGGAGAGCUUGGGGUUUUGUCUAAAGCGUGUCGCCUUCGUUGUGUGUGGUUCAUUAUCAAUCUUAUCGAGACAUUUUGAACACUUUAAAAAUGAGUAGGUAUUAGCCAAAUUUUUGGAUUUGUGGGUGCAGCAAAAAGAAGGCAUUAUAUUGUUCUGCAGCGUGAAUUUUCAAUAAUUUAACUCGCAAUAUUUUGGAAAAAAUGUGUGCUGCAAAAGGUCUGUUUUGAAAUUUUUUUCAACCUGGUAUAACCAGGUCCCUCUAUAUGACAAGGUAACUUCCGAUGACAAUGAAAGAUGAAUAGAUCCAGCAUUCCAUUCAUAAUAUCGGGAUUGUUAUGAAGCCAUUGAAGUCUCUAACCAUGUGCUAAAAAAAGACAACAAUGCAGUAAUAUUGCUGCUUUGCCAACGCCGCAUAUAUUAAGUCAUACAUGCGCAUAUAUCGACGAUACUGGUUGUGUCAAACAUAAACCCGGUUCAAAUCAUCCCAUUUUAUGCAAACUUCUUCCGUAUGGCAUUGCCGCAUUUUUAUAUUUGUUGGAUAUACAUAUGGAUAUGAGUCAGUGGUAGUGAAAGAGUUGAACACCGAGAACUUGCUUUAAUUCUUUGUUGAACAAAAAAAAGUUAGAAACUACAAAAACACUUUGUGGUAGAAAUGUGAAUCAAUAUUUCUACUGAUUUUUUCUUCUUGCCACUCAGUAAUUUAAAUUUGUUAUGGAUAUCCAACUAUGGGAAGCUUUUGCUAUAGUUUCAUGUCAGUGUCACAAGAAAUCUCAUUUUUUAUGCCGAUAUGAAAAUUCGUCAUAAAAAAUUAUAGAUCACAAUCAUCCAUUUCGGUUUGUCCAUUCUCCUUAAUUCAACUUCUAUUUUUGUUAAGUGAAUUCAAGUACAUAGUAGUAAAAUGUAAAGGGAAUGGAAUUAUAGCGAUUAUGUAUUUAAGUUUAUGCCAUAAAUCGUUUUGAAACGAAACUUUCUUUUGGGGCUUAUAACAAAAAACACUUCAAAUAACCUUGAAUAUUCAUGAAGACCCCAAUUAUAAAUAAUCACUGGCGUAAUGUUUAUCGAUUUGACCAAACCAUUUUGGCAGCAAUUCGCCAUCGUAGUGAACCUUGCUGAUAUGUAUAUGAAUGAAUUGUAAGUUCUUCUGCUGUCUAUUGGCCACUUUACUUGUCUCAAAUGUUCAUUUUUGGAGGUUUUCCAUUUUCAUUUAGUUAAAAAGGUAGAAAAUCUCUUUCUGCAAAGCUAUACAAUUUAUCGAAAUUUUCGGUUAAUGUACUUUAAGCUUUAACGCAUAUAGUUGUUUUAACAUGAAAUAUUAUGAACCUUGAAACUAAAAGAUUGACUAGUACUCUGUUGAGAAAAAAAUUCAAUCCGCACUUUCACAUACAAUAAAAGUAUUGAUCUCAACGAAGUAUUAUUCUUGAAGCAAGAUUUCAAAUGCUGAUCAAAGUAUCAAAUCAGUCGGAGACAUAUUCAAGAACCUAUUUUCAAAGUACAGGAUAUAUUGAAAAGAUUGUGAUAUCAAGCAAAGAUGCAAAUUUGUGUUUUUUCGACUUUGUGUUCAUGCUACAUCGUUAAUGUAUAUUAAUUAAUAAUUAAUUAACAUUCUCGGCAAAGAAUGAAUUGUUCGAUUAUGUUAAAUUGUUUGUUAGCUAUUUAUUUUAAUCGAAAUAUUAGUUUAUUAGAAAUAAAUGUGUACAUAUAUUAUACUUAGAUCAUGAAGAUGUCUAGUUUACUACUGAGUAUUAUAUCCACCGAAUAAAAAUAUUUAUAUGGAAAUAUAUCAUAUUUUGGUUAAAUAGAGGUUUGAGAUAUCGAUUCCAAAUAUGAGACAAAAUCGGAAUUAGAGCUAGAGUAGAGUGACGAUUGAUCAAAUUCGUAAUGUACGAUAGUUUUAAAUAAUUUAAUACUGCAACUCCACUGGCUUCGGACAUUUCUCAAUGAAUAGUCUGUUUUCUAUUUCUUCAGCUAACUUGUAAUACGUCAUUUAUGAAUCAAAAUAAAGAUCUCAUUGAUAUAAA